AUGGAAGUCACACGAGCCAUUGGAUUCUUCGUUAUCAUCUUCUUUUUGACUUUUGUUUUCCUCAUUAGCGGCUUGUUCAUCAAUUUAUUACAGGCAAUACUGUAUUUGACGUUAUACAACAGAAAUCGUUCUCUAUACAGGAAAUUAAAUUAUUACUUAAUUUAUACUUCAUGGGCCCAAAUACUUUCUAUGGCGGAAUGGUGGUCAAACACUUCAUGCAAUUUAUAUGGUGAUGAAGAGGCCUUGAAUAUGUUUGGAAAGGAGCAUAGCAUAGUGGUCAUGAAUCAUAAAUACGAUACAGAUUGGUUAAUGUGUUGGUUUGUCUGUGACAAAUUGGGAAUGCUUGGAAAUGCAAAGACUUGUGCUAAAAAAUCUUUGCGCCUCGUUCCCAUUAUUGGAUGGGGUUGGGUCUUUGGUGAAAUGAUAUUUUUAGAAAGAAACUGGGAGAAAGACAAACUCAUCCUUGGAACCAAGUUACACAAUCUGGUUGAAUAUGAUGACCCUAUUAUGCUCCUAUAUUUCUGUGAAGGUACCAGAUUCACACCUGAGAAGCAUAAAGCAAGUAUGGAGUUUGCCAAAGCACGAAAUCUACCGCAGCUGAAACAUCAUUUAUGUCCUAGAACAAACGGUUUCAAUCUUUCUGUCUCAGAAAUGAAAAACAAAAUGACAGCUAUAUAUUCUAUCCAGUUGGGCUUCCCAGAGACUUCUUUAAAGCCAACAUUUUCAAAUAUGUUGCGUGGCUAUAGUUUUACUGGUGACAUGCACAUUAAAAGAAUUCCUAUGAGUGAGGUUCCAACUGAAUCAGAUGAAGCUACGUCAAAGUGGUUACAUCAAUUAUAUCAAGAAAAGGAUGAAUUAAUGGAUAAUUAUUUUAAAACAAACAAGUUUCCUGGACAACCCACAAAGCUGAAUCGUAGCUUUCGUUCUUUGGCUAAUUCUUUGCUUUGGUCUCUUCUCGUUGGCGUACCGUCUUUGUACCUAUUAUUCAAGCUGAUCACUAUGGGAAACUUUUGGGUGACCGUGAUUACAAUUGCUGUAAUAUUUUUAUUGUUCACAGCCAUGCUGUUGAUGAUUCGAGUCACAAAGGCAGACAAAGGUUCAUCCUAUGGGAAAGACAAAAAGUCCCCUGCCAAAUCAAACAAUGGAAUAUCAAGGCACGAUGAUUCCAAUGGAAAUUGUGAAACAAGUAACAGUGAAAUGCUACAAGCAGAAGGGGAAUCCAUACGAAAAAGAAAUGCUUUCCCAGAGAACCACGAAAGCGAUAAGUUAUAGUACCGGUGUUGGUUAUAAAUUAUUUACAUGAAUAUUGCAUUGUGCAAUUUUUUGGAAUGAUAUAUAUUUUAUAAAGAAAAAAACAUUUUCUGUAAACAAAGUGAUCUACAACAUUUAAAUUUGUAAGAUGCAAAAAUGUAUAUAGAAUUAAUUAUAUAAAUAUUAUGUGAAAUGCUGUAGAUCUGUGUUGAGCUUUGUAUGUUUGAAGUCGCUUACAUUUUUAAGUGUUUGCCUGAUGUUGUGGCAUGCUUCCUUCUAACACUGUUGUGUGUGCCAAUUGCUUGUUCACAGUGUUAUGUAAAACCAUUUGUAAGUGGGAUUUUUACAUUUUAAAUUUUUAAUGUAUUUUAUUACUGAUUUUUAGUACUUAAAAAGUAAUUUUCUAAAUGCAAAUGGGUGAAGUAGAAUUUUGGUAGGUUAAAAAAAUAUACAGUUGUCCCUCAUAUAACACAG